GCUGAGGUGUGGGUGGAUGGGGACGAGGAGGGGGCCAGGUUAAAACUUGCUUCACUUUUGAACUCUUUCAAGUGGGAGGUUUCUUCGUGUAGGCUAACAGCAGCGCCCUUCAGUGUAUAAACCACACGGUCAGCCUGGAGCAUGAGACAAGGUAGAAACGCAACCAAAGGUUGAAAGCGUAGUAGUGAGGCUUGAAGACAAGCAAUCCUACACUUUUAUUUAUCAACAUAUGUGCGUACGUUUAGUCUGUUUUGCAAGAAAAGAGACAAGUUUUAGCCCUGUUGAGAAAAAAAUUACUUUUUUGCUCUAUGAAGAGGGGGAACACGUCGCCAUCCCCCUUCCAAGACAAUAAAGCGGAGUUUUCCCACGGUUUUGUUAAGAUGAGGUUCGUCGAAAUGCGCAUAGUUACAGUUUAAUGCUCAUUUAUGCAGUUUAAUCCAGUUACGGAACCGUUUCGCUUUAUCAAUUUACUCUCUAAGGGAAAUACGCGAGUAAUGUUUGAACGGUGACUUUAGGUUUUACUCCGUUCAUCUCGAUUUUCGUUCUAUGGACAUUCCCGGAGGCAUUGUGGCGCCCAGCAUUUGCCACUCGAACUAUUACGGGAUUUAGGAUUUGCUGCACUUUACAAGAACGCACAACGUUACUCUAUCUCCAACUCAUUGACAGUUAAUAUACGUGGAUUAAUUGGGUGACUCACCUGCAGCAGAUCAGAUGGCCCUGUGCUGAUCUGAUGCCCCCAGCUGUCUGAAUGCGUUGCCUGUGCCUUGCCUCUGCCAGCAGAAUGGGCACCCACAGAAUGCUGCUGUCAUGGAGUCUGCUCCUCCUGUGGGCCGUGCUGACCCAGCUGCCGACAGGGGCACGAGCUAGACCAGCCGUCACCGAUCAAGUCCAGUCGGAGGUGAAAAUGGAGCCGUACAUGUUGUUCCUCGGGGAGCGCUUAGUGCUGCCGUGCCUCGGGCACGAGGAGGCGCAGCAGGAGGUCAGGUGGACCAAGCAAGGAGCGCCCUUAGCGAGCGGGGAUCGCAUGCUGCUCCGUGCCGGCCAGCUGGAGAUUGAGGCCGUGGUGCAGGCUGACUCGGGCCUGUACAGCUGCUUUAUCCUUGGCCCUCUGGCCAACCACAGCGCCUUUUUCCAUGUGAACGUCACAGCUGAUGCAGUGGCCUCUUCUGAAGAUGAGGAUGAUGAUGAAUCUUCCUCUGAAGAGAACAAACUAUCAAGCAGCCAGAAACUUCUACCUAUGGCGCCGAGGUGGUCUCAGCCUGAGAAGAUGGAGAAGAAGCUACAUGCUGUCCCUGCCAGCAAAACGGUCAAGUUCCGGUGCCAGGCAGAGGGCAACCCUACGCCUGGUCUCCGCUGGCUAAAGAACGGCAAAGACUUCAAACGGGACCAACGCAUCGGUGGCUUCAAGCUACGGGAGCACAUGUGGACCAUUAUCAUGGAGUCGGUGGUGCCCUCAGACAAGGGCAACUACACAUGUGUGGUGGAGAACAAGUAUGGCAUGAUCAACCACACCUACCAGCUGGAUGUAGUAGAGCGCUCCCCUCACAGGCCCAUCCUGUACGCGGGGCUGCCGGCUAACCGCACGGCGGUGGUUGGCAGCGACGUGGAGUUUGUGUGCAAGGUGUUCAGCGACCCGCAGCCCCACAUCCAGUGGCUCAAGCACAUCGAGGUGAACGGGAGUCGAGUGGGGCCCGAUGGCCUGCCCUUCGUUCGCAUUCUCAAGCACUCGGGGGUCAAUAGCUCGGACACCCAGGUGCUGACCCUCUACAAUAUCACUGAGGAGGAGGGUGGCGAGUAUAUAUGCAAAGUGUCCAAUUAUAUAGGAGAGGCUAAUCAGUCGGCCUGGCUUACUGUCCUCAAGCAUGAGGCUCAAGCCAUGCCCCCCACUGACGUGGCCAGCCAGACCUAUCUGGAGGUCCUGAUCUACUGCGUGGGCUUCUUCCUCAUCUCCAUCAUGGCCGGAGUGGCCACCAUCGUCAAGCUCCGCAGCUCCUCCAAAAAGAGCGAGUUCAAUGGGCAGCUGGCCGUCCACAAGCUGGCCAAGAGCAUGCCCCUCCGCAAGCAGGUAACAGUGUCUGUGGACUCCAGCUCCUCUCUGCACUCCGGCGCGAUGCUGGUGCGCCCCUCACGCCUCUCCUCCAGCGGGACGACCUUGCUGCCAGGGGUGACCGAGUACGAGCUGCCACAGGACCCACGCUGGGAGUUUACCAGGGACAGGCUGGCUCUUGGGAAACCCCUGGGAGAGGGCUGCUUUGGGCAAGUGGUCAUGGGGGAGACCCUGGGACUGGACAAGGAGAAGCCCAACCGUGUGGCCAAAGUGGCUGUCAAGAUGCUGAAAUCUGAUGCCACAGAGAAAGAUCUCUCAGAUCUCAUCUCAGAGAUGGAGAUGAUGAAGAUCAUCGGCAAACACAAGAACAUUAUCAACCUGCUGGGAGCAUGUACACAGGAUGGGCCAUUGUACGUGAUUGUGGAGUACGCCUCCAAAGGGAAUCUUCGGGAAUACCUGCGUGAGCGCCGACCUGCUGGCAUGGAGUACUGCUACAACCCUGACGAGGUGUCAUUAGAGAGCAUGUGCAUCAAAGACCUAGUGUCCUGUGCCUAUCAGGUGGCUCGAGGCAUGGAGUACCUGUCAUCCAAAAAGUGUAUUCACAGAGAUCUCGCUGCCCGGAAUGUCCUGGUCACAGAAGACAAUGUGAUGAAGAUAGCAGACUUUGGCCUGGCCAGAGACAUCCACCACAUAGAUUACUACAAGAAGACAACAAAUGGUCGCCUGCCUGUGAAAUGGAUGGCCCCCGAAGCUUUGUUUGACCGGAUCUACACCCACCAGAGUGAUGUGUGGUCUUUUGGGGUGCUGCUGUGGGAGAUCUUCACCCUGGGCGGGUCCCCGUAUCCUGGGGUGCCCGUGGAGGAACUCUUCAAGCUCCUGAAGGAAGGCCAUCGCAUGGACCGGCCGACGACCUGCCCACAGGAGCUGUACCUUAUGAUGAAAGAUUGCUGGCAUGCUGUUCCUACUUACAGACCCACAUUCAAACAGCUGGUAGAAGACCUAGACCGCAUCCUGUCCAUGACAUCCAACCAGGAGUACCUGGACCUCUCGGAGUGUCUGGAUCCGUACUCCCACGUCGUCAUGGAUACCCGUAGUUCCACGUGUUCUUCCGAAGCAGACUCCGUCUUCUCCGGGGCCGAAGAGCCUUGCCUUCCGGUUCCCCACUCCCAAAACACCAGCCGGGCCUUCAGGAAGCACUGAGGGCCUUUCUGAAAAAUUUCAACAUUUCAACUAGGUUUCAUGUUCAUCUCCAGCCAAAGGUCACAGAGACACCGAGUCACCGAGACGGUCACUCUCAGUCUGGCAUCUGAUGCAGAGGAAAGACUCAUGGCUAGAGCAAUGCCUCACGGAAAAUCAGACAUUUUGAAAGCAAACUGAAGGUCUGCUCAUUGCUUUUACUGAGCAGCUUUUCUGCAGUUAAAAUACCUCGUCCCCCCACGUGACAACAAGGGUGCGCAUCUGAGCGUUCAGCUUGGGUAUGGACAAGUGGCCAAUGUCAGCUGUGUGAGGAAUGACUGAUGGGGACUUAGUGACUGCAUGAGCAGCUGGAGUUCUUGGCUGGACUGACACGACUCUGAGGGGGAGCCAAGGCCUCUAGGCAGGAAGCUUCUACAUAUUCAGCUGACAUUGUUGCUUUGCCUUUGCAUUUUAAACACAUUCAUCUUUUUGGCCUCGUAGAAGGACCCUUGCAUUUGUAAGUGGGGGUUUGACGUGGAGACUCUGGAAGGCACCAGAAAUGGGGUAGUCUUAUAAAGGAAUGGACAUGGCGCCUAACAGGAAUUGAGCCAAACAAUGUUAUUUUGCAGACACUUCAGGCUCCCCUUGGCAUUUGAGAAGAGACUUUAGUCGAAAGAUCACCCUACCUUUUAUAAAGAGUAAUUGGAUGCUGUUUUUUCCUUAAUAUUUGAGACCAAACCUCAGAAAGAAAGUCUUAUAUAAUACAUUACCUAACAGCCCUGGCUGUUUUUGUAAAUACAGUUAAAUUGUAUAAAUAUUAUUAUUAUAUAUAUUCACACUAUUGUUUCUUUUUAAUUAUUUUUGUAUGAGAUCAUUCAUUUCUAACGCAGUCAAUGAAAUAUAGUUUUGAAUGGAGGGAGUUAGUUGAGGUAAGGGUUCCCAGAGAGAGAGAGAAUAAGCUAAUGUUGAUCCAGGCCAGUUUGUAUUAAUAGGUGUUGAGCUUGUAAUUCCUUAUGAUACCUUGUGCAUAUAUUUUGUGCAGAAUAAACAUGUGCCAGUAACGUAAAAUGGACUAUAUUUUCAGGUCAUUACCAUGAACAUAUGAACCUACAUAUGAACAUCACAAUGAACAUGUAGAUUGUGAAAAGACCCAUAUCUCAUUAAAGAAUGUAAUUAAAAACAUACCAAGUGCUUAACAUCUGAUUAAUCCUCAACCUUUCUGUUAAUGAUACAUACAUACCUGUACAUAAUGUCCUAGUGCUUUCUGUUCCAUAGCCCAAAGUAAAGAACCGUCUGAAAAAGGUAUCAAGAACAUUUUUCAAAAUGUGUCCUCUGGUAGGAUGUGCAUUUACUGACAGUUGGUGUUGACAAUCAUCUAAAACCGUUGUUUCCAUCUGUUUCCACAAUUAUUUGUUCUUCAGCUGCCUCUUUUGUUGAAUUCUUCAGACCUAUUUAUUACUGUUUGUUAACACAGGUUUGAACCCUCGAUGAAGGGCACAACUGGUUAAUGAUUGUCGGAGGACUGAGGACAAUGAAAUUGUAAGAUUAUAUGGACUCCAAUGGUGAUAACAUCUUAUUGUUUAAUAAUAUGCCAUAGCGUUAAUGUUUAUAUAGUGGCUGUGCAAUUAUGUACAACUCAACCAACCAUGAUGGCAAACACCUCUAUUAAAGGAUUAUUAAUAACACAACUGAAA